AUGACACGAAGGAAAGCGGAAAACGUGUUCUCUACACCAAAAAGUGGUAAUUACCCAGUACAGGGUCUCGGGUUUUACGCUAAAGCAAACCCUGCAUACACACCUGACGCUAUAGACGAUAUCGGGUUCGAAAAACCUGGCAAUGAUGACGCUUCGAGCGGAAGUAGUGCCGGAAGUGGCUGCGAUACUAACAGCAGUGGCGUUUACAGCAUAAAGGACGAGAAGGAAUCUGAUAACAAACCAACAACUAAAGACAACAAAGAUGAAAAGAAAAAAGACGAAAAAAAUAACGUUCAAAUGAAAAGAUCGUUGAAUCUCUUUCACUGUGUAGCCAUCAUGGUUGCAGUUACUGGACAUUCGUCUGUAUUUAUUUCUCCCUCUAAUAUUCUCAGCGCCACGGGGUCCGUAGGGGCCUCGUUAAUAGUGUGGUUGGUUGGGGGUCUCAUCAACAUGAUGUUGGCUCUUUGUUUCGCUGAAUUGGGGACAAUGUUACCACACGCUGGUGGUCCCUAUGCUUACGUCAUGCAUACGUUUGGACCCUUGCCAGGAUUUCUCAUCAUGUGGGGCUAUGUGGUUCUUGUAGCUGGUCCUUUUUGGGCGUUUCUUGCCUACACAGCAGCACUCUACAUUGUGCAGCCAGUUUAUCCGGACUGUGAUGCGCCGGACGACGGUGUGAAGGUGUUGGCUGGCUGGAUCAUGAUAACGAUGGUCAUAUUGAACUGUGUCUAUAUGAAGUAUGUAGUCAAAAUCCAGUCCCUUCUCUCCAGUACCAAGAUCAUAGCUCUAGCAAUCAUUGUUGUGGCCGGGAUCAUACAACUAGUCAAAGGUGAGACAGAGAAUUUUCAAAACAUGUUUGAGGGAACGUCUUCCGAUCCCGGACAGAUCGGUCUGGCUGUUCUUUACGCCGCUUUUUCUUAUGGUGGAUGGCAGGUGAUGACAAGUAUGAUGGAGGAGGUCAAGAAGCCUGGAAGAGAUUUACCUCGGUCUGUCUAUAUUACCUUUAUCAUCGUCAUCAUCAAGUACAUCAUGACAAAUGUAGCAUAUUUUACCUUGCUCAGCCCUCCGGAAGUCCUCGGGUCUAAGGCAGUAGCUAUAACAUUUAUUCAGCGUGUGUAUAACCCUCUCAGGAUCGUCAUAUCCGUGUUUGUGGCUACUACAUCCAUCGGAGCACUGAAUGCCUCGAUCAUGGGUCAUUCCAGGUUGCUGUUCGCUGGGUCCCGUGUGGGACAUAUGCCAGUGAUUUUUGGAAUGAUCAGCCACAAAUACCUAACGCCUUGGCCCUCUAUCCUGGUUUUGAUGGUGUGGGGAUUGGUGAUGCUGUUUUCAGGAGGCGUGGUAGACAUGAUGGAUUUUAUUGGUCUCUACUCCACCACUAUGGGAAUAGCUGUUGUUCUAGCCCUUCUUUACCUCAGGUAUACAAAACCGGACGAGCACCGACCAUACCAGACAAUGUUCUUCGUCCCGCUUGUCAUGUUGGUCGUCAACAUCGCCGUCUUGGUAUUGGCUAUCUACCAAAAGCCACAGAAGAUGGGAAUAGGACUGGCAAUUCUCUUCUCCGGAAUUCCCAUUUACUGGUUUGGCGUCCUAUGGGAACCAAAACCUAAGUGUUUCCGUGAUUUCAUUGCUGGAUGGACUAUAGUAGCCCAAAAGAUGUUGAUGAUAGGAAAGACCUCUACAUGA